GACGUCUAUUCAUACGCAGCGGCCUCUGCGCUCGGGGCGUGUACGGUCAUUCGCAGCAUAUUCGGCGCCAUAUUCCCGCUGUUCUCAACGGCGUUAUUCCGAGCCCUGAACCCCCGUUGGGCAUCGACACUUGUCGGUUGCGUCGCGAUCCUGAUGAUUCCAGUCCCUAUCCUGCUGAAGAGGUACGGCCCGGCGUUGCGCGCACGGUCGCGCUAUACCGCGAGGGCAUUGGAGGGCUGA